AUGGCCGCAGCACCACCCCUGUUCAGCCUUCCCGGCCUGAGCCUCGCCAUCCUGUCCCUCGUCGUCUACCAGCUCUGCUUUGCGCUCAUCCUCCUCUGCCUGCCCCGGCGCGCUCUGCUCCUCCGCUGGCUCAGCCUGGCGCCGCUCUCGGCCGCGGCCUACGCCGUCGCGCGGCACGCCGUCGCGCCCGCCGGCCCGCCGCAGCGGCAGGCACCGCUGCUCGGGCUGCUCGUCAUCCACUGGCUGGGCCUGGCCGAGUACGUGCUGCUGUCGCGCGUGGCGCUGACCGGCCCGACCAGGUGGCGGCGGCGCCUCUGGCAGGCCCUCGCGCUGAGCUGCAACGCGCGCCGCCUCGGCACCCCGUGGGAGGCGAAGAACGUGUACCGCCGCGGCGGCGGCGGCCCGUGGAGCACGCCGCGGUUCCUGGCGCAUGUCGUGCCGCGCGUCAUGCUGUGCUAUCUCGUCGUGGACGCGCUCAUGCUGGCGCCGCCGCCGGACGCGCAUCUGGUCACCGUGCGCAAGCAGGCGGCGUGGCGCCUCUGGACGCUCACCGCCGAGGAUGUCGGGUUCCGCGCGGCGGCGACGGUGCUCUUCUGGCUGGUCUCGUACUGCAUCGUGUACGGCCUGAUCCACGUCGCGGCCGUCGCGGCCGUCGUGCUGGGGCUGAGCACGCCCGCGUUUUGGCCGCAUCUGUUUGGGCCGGUAUCUGAGCUCUACACCCUCCGCGGUUUCUGGGGCACGUUUUGGCAUCAGCGGCUACGCAGGACGCUGACGUCCUUUUCCGACGCCGUCGCCGACCAUGUGUUGUGCAUCCGGCGCCCGAGCACGCUGUCGACGUACACGCGGCUCUUUCUCGUCUUCGCCAUCAGCGGGCUGCUGCACCACCCGACGGACACGGUGCAGGGCUUGCCGGCCACGGAGACGGCGUCGGUGGCGUUCUUCCUCAUGCAGCCGCUCGGCAUCGUCGCCGAGGACGCGGCGCAGGCGCUGACGCGAGGCUGGCCGCUCCCGCGGUGGGUGAGGAGCGUCGCGGGGUAUGCGUGGGUGGCCUUUUUUCUCGUCUGCACGACGCCCACGUGGAUGUUUUCCAUCGCCAGGCUUGGACAGACGCCGGAUCUGCUGCCCGUCAAGGUGGCGCGGCCGCUGGUGGCGUGGCUCACGGGCGAGUAG